AUGAAGUCUUUCCGCUACUACUCUGAUACAGUGGGUGAUCUUGUGGUCCAGAGUACUAGUCAGGGGGUCGUCCCGGUCACGCCGACCAGGUCUUGGCGGUUGUUGCGUGGAGGGAGCAGCGGUAGCAGCACAGGAGGAGGUGGGCUGGGGACAGUGGCAGGCCCAGGGGUGGGGGCAUGGCCAUGGGGGGGCCGCAUCCCGUCCUCCACCCUGCAUCGGGACAGGCGCUGGGGCUGGGGGUCCUGGGGCGGAGUUCCAUUCAGGGGAGCUCCCAGACUCUCCGAGUUCAGGCCCUGGCUGAGCGGAGGGGCGGCUGGGGCGGCAGGAAGCGGAGGUAGUAGCGGGGGAGGAGGAGGCGGAGGCGGAGCGGAGAAAGGAGGCAGGGUGAGAUGUUCCCGCAGAGUCUGGGUUCUCCUUGGCUCGCUGGUUCUCGUCUUUCUCACCUCACUGUUCUUCUCCGUCUCGCUCCGGGGAGGCGUUGGCUUCAACUACCUGGAGCCACCUGGGUGGGAGGAGUCACGGCGGGUGAAGCUGGUGCCCAGCUACGUGGGCGCACACCGGCUGUCGCCACCUGACACACAGCAGCAGAAGACAUGUGCCUGCUCUCACUGUGUCGGAGACCCCGGCGUUUCUGAUUGGUUCGAUGAGAACUACGACCCGGAUAUCUCACCUGUUUGGACGAGAGACAACAUCCAACUGCCCUCUGAUGUCUACUACUGGUGGGUGAUGUUACAGCCCCAGUUUAAACCCCACAGCAUCCAGCAGGUGCUGCUGAGGUUGUUCCAGGUGAUUCCCGGAAGGUCACCGUACGGUUCUUGGGAUCCGGGACGCUGCCUGCGCUGCGCUGUGGUGGGCAACUCCGGAAACCUCCGCGGGGCCGGAUAUGGGGCGACCAUUGAUGGACACAACUACAUCAUGAGGAUAAACCUGGCCCCCACGGUGGGCUACGAGGAAGACGCCGGCAGCCACACCACUCAUCACUUCAUGUAUCCGGAGAGCGCCAAGAACCUGGCGUCCAACGUCAGCUUUGUCCUGGUCCCCUUUAAAACACUGGAUCUUGUCUGGAUCACCAGCGCUCUGUCCACCGGCCAGAUUCGAUUCACCUACGCUCCAGUGAAGCAGUUUCUCCGUGUGGAUAAAGACAAGGUCCAAAUCUUCAACCCUGCAUUCUUUAAAUACAUCCAUGAUCGCUGGACCAGACAUCAUGGGCGCUACCCCUCCACUGGCAUGCUAGUGCUGUUCUUUGCCCUGCACGUUUGUGAUGAGGUGAAUGUGUUUGGUUUUGGGGCGGACAGCCGGGGAAACUGGCACCACUACUGGGAGCAGAACCGCUACUCCGGAGAGUUCAGGAAAACGGGGGUCCACGAUGCCGACUUCGAAGCUCAGAUCAUUCAACGGCUCGCCAAGGCCGGCAAAAUCACCAUAUUCCCUGGGAAAUAACCAGCAAAUCACCCUGCAUAUCUAAGGUUAUAUGUUAAAAAGCUGGUUCGGCAACAGACACUAUAGAGGCCACUUAGAAUGUGUUAGAUAUUCUUGCUUUCACUUAUUUGGGCUCCCAGUCAGUAAACCAAAAGCUUACUGAAGGUGAGACGAAAUGGUCACAGAUGAGGUAAAAAUGGAUUUCAGUUCCCCAACUGGUACAAAAAAGUGUCAUUCCAAUCAUAUUCCCUCAUGUUUGGGAAGUGGCCCACCAGCCAAGAUCCCGAUUGGAGAAAAUGGUGUACACUCUUAAGAACCAGGAUUAGGGAACAUAAAGAUCCAAAUGUAGUUCUACUCACAGAGGAUUGACCUAAAAGUGAGAGUUGAGCCUUAAACUAGACUAUAAAGCAAUUGGCUCAAGAUUUCACCUCUAAUGACCAGUACUGGGAUUGAAAGAUAAGACCACUAAUUGGUUUCCAAGGGCAGCUUCAACUCAGGAGUGGAAAAAAAAACAAGUGAGGGCCAGACAGAAAGAAAAUGCAACAAAUCACCAGAAAUACUGACUGUGUUUGACACAAAGAGAGAGCCGGAGAGGGAAUGAUCACAUGCAAAUAUCCCACUUUUGGACUCAAACCAGUGGAAAUGAAUAGUGGAUAAGGAUCCAGUCCUCAACCAUUAACAUAAACACAGUGUACUUGUUACUGAAAAGGCCACAGAAACAGCACCAUCAGCAAUCAUCUAGGGGACUAUUGUUCUACAGCCAUGUGGUUUCUGGUAGUGACAAAGUUCAUCUUCACUUGCUUGACUCAUCAGAUACAAACUGUGCUGCAAUGAGAAGCUGUUGUACUGUUGAACAUUUUCCGUCUCAUACAGAGCCCUGUGCCAUGACUUUACUAUACUAUAUGGGACGAAACAUCACUCACCACUUGUCACUGUCAUUACUCUACAUUACGUGAGAUCUGCCUCACAAGACACUAUUACAAGGACCUUGUGUGACUUGUGAUGGGUUGUAAAGCAGUUGGUUAUAAGACCAUAGGUGAUUGCUGGGAGAUAAUAUCAAAUGACUGUCCUCUAAACCCCCCCCCAUCCCCAGGUGUGUACCAGGCUUAGCAAGGCCUCAACACCUUGCAGCACACUCACAGAAACAUUAUCCAGACUUUCUGCUUUCGGCCGUUGUGACUCAGAUAGUUCACUGCAGCGCUAGCACGAGCCUCCGCUUCUGUAGAGCCAGCUAGCCUGGUUUUAACCACCACAGCUGUGCUACAUUUUGUAUUCACAUCCAGACAGAGAGGAGAAAUGUUCUGAGAGAGUGUUGGUUUGACUGCGUGAGACUCUAAUGAGGCCAAAAGUCCAUGUCCUGGGAUUUCAUGUUUGGAUGGAGGCACACUGGUUUCUGGACUGGAGUUUAAUCCCCAUGUGGUCUGUCAGGGUCUAAUUUAGGAGAAAAGGACUAGAGACAGAGAGCCGAGGCAUGAAGAAACCAGUAGGACAAAGCCAGCAUGAGAAACACAUCAUUUGCUCCCUGGUUUUUAAGGAUGAAAAGAAAAGAUGGCGGUUCACUGUUGUUUAUGUGCAGCAACUUCACACUUCUACACAAACUGUACUGGGUUCACCACUUCGGUUUUGAAAGGACUGAGACAAAAAGUACCUCGCUCUGCUUCUUUUCCCUCUCACAGACCUAACCCUCCAAGCUGACUGCUGUGUCCCAGUGGAGUUAGAGAUCGUCAGGAGCAUUUUGUCCCAGAUUAGGGCCCCAGUGAUGGGAUGAAAGAAAAUGGAGAACCCUCUGGAUCUGGGAAUUAUUUAACAUGUCAGCAGCUCGGCUUCAUUAACCACUAGCCCUGGUCCCUGCUCAGCCAAUUAAAACUUCAGCUAUAUCUGGAGGGGGCAGAGCCACCAGACGCCUUAGACUUCACCUACGCACCGCAGAAACUGCACUUCCUGUUUUGAUUUUCAUGAUGAUGGCAUAUCCCCCCGCAGACUGCAGAUUUGAUUUGUUUGUUUUGUACUAUUUAGCUUUGAGUUUCAACUUUGGAUGGAUUUAUAAUGUUGGCUCCAUUUUUUUUUUUAAUUUGGUGGCACAUAAUGUGUUUUAUUACAAUUUGGUAUCAUCAAGUAAUAUCCCACUUAAAGAAUAGUUUGACAGUUUGGGAAAUAUGCUCAUUCACCACCUUUCUGAGAGGUAGAUGAGAAGAUUGAUACCACUCUCAUAUCUGUCUGUUAAAUGUGAAACUACAGCCAGGAGACAGUUAGUUUAGCGUGACAAAACCACAACUUUUUGUUUUUACACUUUGGUUUUUGUAACAAGAUAUGAUGUAUUAAGCAGUGAGCGGACAGAGCCAAGCUACCUGUGUCCCCCUGCUUCCAGUCUUUGUGCUAAGCUAAGCUAACUGCCUAUCAGCUCUAGCUUCAUAUAUACAGCGUACAGACAUGAGAGGGAUAUCAAUCUUACUCUCUGUCUUAAGUCACAUUGUUCAAGCAUUAGUUACAAAGACCACUCAGUGUUUUACAUUCAAGUGACAGAAGACAGAUUUGAGUCAGAAUCAGCGGAAAAAGAAAAUGUAUGCCACAAAGACGAAGGAAAAUAAAAGUGUUUGUUUUGAGCUGAAGCUGCAAAUCCAUCCAAAGAUGUCGUGGCAGAGAUGUGUUUAUCAAGAAGCAGCUGGUGGCUGAUAAUGAAAAGCACUCAGAGUUCCUACGCAGGUCCGGACAAUAUGAAGAAGUAACUGAUUGAAUAAGUCUUUAAAGGUGCGAUAAGUAACAUUUUUACCGCCUAUUACACAAAACUAAUGUUUUUUCAUAUGAUUGUUCAUCAGUCAGCCAUAUCAGUGACUCCACAGUUACUUCAAAUUGUGUUGAGUUCUGACCUGUAAAGCUCAUUUUCCAGACUUAAUUUAAUAGUUAGAGGCUACCCUGUGAUGGAAAGUCAUAGAUUACUUAAAGCUCAUGAAAACUUGGUUUGAAAUCUUAAGUAAUAUUUCUGUAUAAUAUUGCAUAUUUACAACUAACAUUCAACAUUCAAAGUUGAAAUUUGGAAAGAAAACAUCCUCAUGUAUUAUUUACUAAGAGUUAAACACUCAAAAACUUGACUAAUCGGAUUAUCUCAGCUAAUCUGUUUAUCUGUUAAUCUGUUUGUAAUUUGAUCAGAUAUGAUUGACAGCGGCCCGACAACAUUAGCAAACAAUAACAGCUGUUAUCAGAUUUUCAUUAGAACAUGAAAACAUCUUGAUAGAUAUAUGUGACAUCACAUUUUUCCAUGUGAGCAACGCCCCCAUUUCCAAUCAGUGAGAAAACCAACACACACACAUACAGAUUCCUCUCAAUUGAAAUAAGAAAAACUGUGUUGGAAAAUUGUGUCUUCAUGUAGGACUCCUCAAUUACAGAAUUUACAGAUUAAGAAAACAGAUAUUUUGGCAGAUAUGCUGCUUUAAAAUCUAUGAGAAAACAUUACCAGUCACAGCCAAGAGUUUACUGCCACUGUAUUCUUCCUGAGAAGGUGUCUCUGUAUUAUUUUAAUGACUCAUAAGGUGUUAUACAAUGAUCUAAAAAAAAAAAUCUGUAUGCCACCCCCAAACUGUCUAAGAAGUUAGUUCAACUUGUGAAGAGGAGCUGUGUAGGAAACGUGAGUGCCAGCGGCUGCGGCAGAUGGUACGUUCACGUGAGAUAACACCUGUGUACGUGUGCACAUUGUUGAACGCACAUCCCUCUGGGUUUGAUGCUAAAAGUUAAGGGAUGUAACCACGUGACGUGUUAUGAAGCUCGUCCUUAUUAAAUGUUUUCAUUUUUUCAUGUAUUCUUGCCAUCGCUCUUCCUGACUGAGCCUCCUGCUGAGAAAGGUUUGAAGGAGACGAACACACACGUAGUGAGGAGGGUGGAAGGGAGGGGGGUGACAUACUGCCCCCUGGAGGCGAUGGGAAGAACUGUGCCUCCUUUGCUGAUAUCAGUUCUGUAUUAUUGUUGUAUUAUCUUUGGAUGAACUCGUGUAACCACAUGUAUCACUGUUGUACUUUUAUCUGCUUUCAAUGUUUUUAUCCUUCUUUGCACAUAACAGAUUUUAUAGGAUGCUUUAGUGUUGAGCUGGGCUCAGUUUAAGAGUCAGUGUGAACAUAAUGUUUAUGUUUUCUCUCUCUUUGUCACACACACACACACACACACACACACAUGCACAUGCACAUGCACACAUUCAUGCUUUUGUGCCUUGUCCUGCUGCUGGACGUUUUUUCUCGCCUACAGCUGCUCCAUCAGCAACACACACCUGCUACCUUUGCGUCUUUUUUAGUCUACAUAGACUGACACACAAACACACACAUCUGCUGGCUGAGAGCUGUGCCUUCUGAGCUGUACACACACACACACACACACACACACUUACAUGAAAACACACACUCUGCCUUCUGCUCGUGGUACAGACGCCUCUUCACUUCUUACCGCUUUCUGCACUGACGUUGUUUUCUUCUUUCUUCGCUGUAGGCUAAAGAAGAGGAUGUAAACUUGUGAUGCAGUGUGACUUGACAUUGCUACUUUUUUUUUUUUUUGAACAUAUAGUGUAUACGUUUGAGGCAUUUCUGCUUUUUCUAGAUUCUAGAUAUAAGAGAGAUGAGAUGAGAGCGGCAGGAAAGAUGGCAGACAGAGAGGGUCUUCUGCUAGAUUCGAGCCAGCGACAUCGUACUUGUCUUAUCUCUCUGUGUAAAGGUUUCAAAAGACACCUAAAGGUUCAGACAUAUCACUGUACAUCUGGUGUCAUGAACCUGCACCCGCUUUACUGUUUUCUUGGAGUCUUCAGCUACUGUGAUCCUAUGUUUUUGAUGUUUGUUUCCCAAGAUGCUCCCUCCAGCUUCAAAAUGAAUGUGUAAUUCUUUGGGGAGAUAACACAGCUCUCAUCAGAACAUUUUUUAGGCUCCCCGGCAGCAGAAUAAUUACACAUUCCUCUCACAUUCCCGUCGCCUGUGGUGGGUAGAAAAAUCUUAAUAGUCGGUGUGCAGCCGAACAGGCGAGACCUUGUUCCAGCAUGGAAACUGUUAUCAGUUUCCUCAAUUUCUCACAGUUGUAGAGCAGAACAUUAUGAUCAGAUAGAGGGGGAAGCAGGGUGAUCCCUUUCUGCUGUGCUAGCCUAAAUCAGAGGGGAGUUUUUUUUUGCUCCACCUACAGCACAUGACACAGAUCCGAGAGUGCUCCCUGUAGCAUUUAUCACCUAAAGUAGGUCUUUUCUCACAUCGCUGACCCAAUACACAGAUUUUUUUUUUUCUCUCUUCCAGAUUCUUAAAAUAACUGGAAGAACCGUGGAGUGUAAGGAACAUCAAUCAGGAAGUAAAGAGCUACAUCAGCUGAGAGCAUUUUGGGAAACGUGGUUCUUGAUUUUAAGGGGUUUUAUUUGUUUGUUUGUUCUUAUUUAACAGGUGACAGUCAGAUGUCCUGGCAGCAAUGUGUUUUCUCAGGUGAAAUCUGAAUGUGCGGUUCAGUCCUAUGAUAACCUUGACAGAAACAAGUCACGCUAAAUCGAAGCUGACGUUCUCGGUGAGGUUUCUGUCACUGAUUUUCUUUUUUUAAAAGGUACGUUGUUAUUUUUUUUUUGAGAUUCCAGGGCCAGACUCCCCCCCUCGACACAUCCCCGCAACUAAAAUCACCUUGCCGUCAGUAAAAUCCUAGUUCCUUUCAGACGCAGGACUAUUUUUACAUCGUUUUGUCUCACACAUCAUGCUCCGAGGCACAUUUCAGUAUUAAAUCCACAGACAUCACCUUAUUACUGAUCUGCUGGAAGUGUGUGAUUGCAAAAAGCAGCAGAGAGGCAAACAGCUGGAGCUCAUUGCAACUCCCAUUUUCCUGGAUUUUUUUUUUUUUCUUUUUUUUUUUUUUUUAGAAAAAGAGGCACAUAAAACCCAUGAAAUGUAUUUUUUUAUGGGGUAAUUAAACAGAAUGAGUGCAGAAGUGAACACAGUCUGACAGCUCACCUGUUCAGCUCAGGAAAGUGGACAUAAUAUAUCUUAUCAUCAUCACAUGUAUCUGCAUUUAAAGGAAUAGUUGCAGAGAGUUAUAUAAGAAGAUUCUCACCACUCUCAUGUCUGUGUGUUAUAAAAGGCUGCAGCCAGGAGACAGUUAGCUGAGCAGAAAGACUGGAGACAGUAAGCAUGACUGUGUCUAAGCAGCACCUGGCUGUACUUCAUAUUUACCUUCCAGACCUGAGAGUGUUAUUGAUCUUCUCAUCUAACUCUCAGCUAAAACAAGCGUAUGUCCUAAGAUGUCAGCCUAUUAUUUUAAAAUAGCAAUGACAAGGGUAAAUUAAGUAUAUUUUUUUUCUCUUGCUGUAGUACUUAAGGCUUUAUAUACUCUAAAAUACUAAUCAAAAGCUGAUUUUUGUGUCUGCGUUAACGCAAGAUAAGAAAAUUGGAUCAAUUUGCGGUCGUCUGGUAGAGGAAAAUCAAUCUCAUCUCCAGCUGUAACAAAAGAGAAUCUGUGCCAGAGAAGAAGAAAAAAAAAAAGCUCUUGUGGUUUGAAAAAAAAAAAAUACCACUCACAUCUCCUCAACCAGUUUUUUUUUUUUUUUUCCUUGUUGCUAUGGUUCAGGCUCAGUCUCAUUCAGUGGUAAUGGAGAAUUGCUUUCUACAGCAGGGACAGAAAUCUCACUGACUGCUGGAGAAAGAGCUUAAAGGAGCAAAUACAUCACGGUCAAAACAGUAGCAGUCGAGGCUGUUGGCAUCACGACAUCGCCCGCGACUGUUGCCUUACAGACUUGAGGUGAGAGCAGCCUCGGGGCAGCUUCAUCCUCAUCAGUCCACUGGUCUGCAUUAAACAGAAGCGGCUCUUUAGUAGCAGUCACUGAGCUGCAGGCUGCACAUAUCAGACUGUCUCUGUGGAUUGUAGCGCUAACACUCAUACCUCUGUCAGCUAUUGUACUACUACCCUAAAAUCUGUACAACUAAAUACUGCACUUAUCAAGUAGGAUAAAGGCUGCUCAGUCAAUACGUCUGCCAUAACAGCAAAGUGACAGGUGGCUCAUAUGAAACAGAUUCUGUCAGACGAAGAGUAGAGUUCAGCUCAGUUCAGAUGGGUCGGUGGUUUCCUGCUGUCUGGAUCCGUCAUCAUCGUCUAGUCCCGGCUUUAAUGUCUCAUUCUUCAGUAGGACUACCUUUUGGACAAGGCAGUACACGUGUAUUUACUACGUUGGAACGUCUGUAUGAUAUGUGAUCAGACUCUUUGUAUCUUAUGCUAUUGUACAAAUAAAAGCUUCAUGAAAUUAA